ACUUGGGAUUUACGUAAAAAAAGUAUAGUUUAUGUUCUCAAAGGGCAUCAAGAUACCAUUUCUGGUAUAAAGUUGAGUCCUGAUGGAUCGUAUCUUCUGUCAAAUGCUAUGGAUGACACUGUACGAAUUUGGGAUGUAAAACCUUUUGCUCCUGCAAAUCGUUUACUCAAGAUAUUUGAAG